GAAAUCCUUCCUUCCUGCGUGCUCGUGUGUGUGUGUGUAUGAGUCUGUGUGCGUAUGUGUGUAUGGAUGUGUGUGUGCGAGCGCGCGCGGCAUCGCCCAUCUGCAGCAUGGACACAGACCGGUAAAAUGGCACGAUUAGGAACCAAACGACGAAAAGUCGUAGUUUAAUAAGUCGUGAAACGAGAUGCGCGUCGUUAAAGUGAGCGGAGGGGAUGCAACCUAGUGCAUGGUGUGGUGUGGUACUGAUGGAGAUGAUGCAGCAUGAUGCACUGCAGCUUCGCCUCUCACUUUCGGCUUUCACCAGUGCACGAGCCCGGUAUCUGAAUGCAUACCAUUCUCAGGAAAAAAAAAUGGGGGAGAGAAAGAGAGAGAAUUGUUACCAGUUCAGUGGGAAAUACUGCCGGAGUGCAAAUUCUUUAGCAUACAAAAUGCAACCUGUGGCAAGUAAGGAAUGGAAACUGUCCUCGUCUGGGUGGAGGAUCAGGAUCACUGCAGCACAGAGAAGCACAGAGAAGCACAGAGAAGCACAGAGCCGACACACCGUCAAACGCAGAGGAUCAGCGACUCGCAAAGGACCUACAAAUGAACCCAUUGAGUGUUUUGAGGGUCAGAGGUAAUCCUGGAUCCUCAUCUGACGUGUGAGAAGCUCAAAGACGUUGCAUACGUUCUUCCCCUACACGUCCCUCAGCCACACUACACAUCAUGACCGUCGCUACAAGUGACCACAUGGACGAAGCUGGGGCUCAUCCGGGUCAACCUCAGGACACGUACGACCCGGAACCAGACCACGAAUGCUGCGAGCGAGUGGUCAUUAACAUCUCAGGCCUCCGAUUUGAAACACAGCUUAAGACACUCUCUCAGUUCCCUGAUACUUUACUCGGGGACCCUAAAAAGAGGAUGCGCUACUUUGAUCCGCUAAGGAACGAGUACUUUUUUGACCGGAAUCGACCUAGCUUCGAUGCUAUUCUGUACUAUUAUCAGUCUGGCGGACGGCUAAGGCGGCCAGUUAACGUCACGUUGGAUAUUUUCUCAGAGGAGAUCCGCUUCUAUGAACUUGGUGAGGAAGCCAUUGAGAUUUUCAGGGAGGAUGAAGGAUUUAUUAAAGAGGAAGAGAAACUUCUGCCAGAGAAUGAGUUUCAAAGGCAGGUGUGGUUGUUGUUUGAGUAUCCAGAAAGUUCUGGUCCAGCCCGGAUUAUUGCCAUCAUUUCCGUUAUGGUCAUUUUGAUUUCGAUCGUCAGUUUCUGCCUAGAGACACUACCCGUUUUUCGCGAUGACGACAUGGAGAAGCAAAAAAACUACAUCCGCGACUCCAACUCCACAGCCAGCUACAAAUCCCCCUACUUCACUGACCCCUUUUUCAUCCUGGAGACACUCUGCAUCAUCUGGUUCUCCUUUGAAUUCCUUGUCCGUUUCUUUGCCUGUCCAAGUAAGGCAGGCUUCUUUGUGAACAUCAUGAACAUCAUUGACAUUGUUGCUAUCAUUCCAUAUUUCAUCACACUGGGGACCGAAUUGGCCGAAAGUCCAGAAGAUGGUCAACAAGGUCAACAGGCCAUGAGUUUAGCAAUUCUCAGAGUGAUCCGAUUGGUGCGAGUCUUUAGGAUCUUUAAGCUCUCCCGCCACUCAAAAGGUCUUCAGAUUCUGGGUCAGACUCUCAAGGCGAGUAUGCGAGAACUGGGGCUUCUUAUCUUCUUCCUGUUCAUUGGAGUCAUCCUCUUCUCCAGUGCUGUGUACUUUGCAGAAGCAGACGAACCGGAUUCACAGUUUGUCAGCAUCCCGGAUGCUUUUUGGUGGGCAGUCGUAUCUAUGACCACAGUAGGAUAUGGAGACAUGGUUCCCACUACCAUCGGGGGUAAAAUUGUCGGUUCGUUGUGUGCCAUCGCCGGUGUCUUAACCAUCGCUCUUCCAGUCCCUGUCAUCGUGUCCAACUUUAACUACUUCUACCACAGAGAGACAGAGGGAGAGGAGCAGGCACAAUACCUCAAUGUGACCAGUGUCCCUAAGAUCGACUCGACGGAGGAUCUGAAAAAGAGCCGGAGCGUCUCCAGCCUGAGCAAAUCCGACUACAUGGAGAUACAGGAAGCUGUAAACAACAGCAACGAGGAUUUACCUGAAGAGAACCUCAAAACUGGCAACUGCACGUUUGCUAACACCAACUACGUCAACAUCACCAAGAUGCUCACUGAUGUAUAGCUGAGUAGAGGACUAAUUGUAAUGCUUUUUGGGAAGGAAUAAGCCAUGUUGAUCCAUGUUGUUUCUAUGGCUUCAGGAUGCUGAAGGUCAGAAAGACGCUGCAUUUGAAGUGGCAGACGAUCGACAGAUCUGUUGAAGAAUGUGAAAAUUUCCAGUUGUACUGGAUUUGAGAUAAAUCUAUGCGCGCUAACCAUUCCCAUCACCAUAACCUUAACAAUUCAUUCAUCAACUAACUGCAACGGGAAAACCUAUCACUUAUUUAAAAUCGGGAGACCAUUCCCUCAUCCCUGCUUGUAGCCAAAUAAUCGUAGCCAAACCACUAAAAAUGCUAGCAAAGGUAGCAUAAGGGACCAUCGCCAAACUGCCAACUAAACGAGGACUUUCCUCUUCACUGAUAAACGAAGAGCUAUAAUAAAGAAAAAAAAAAGAACGUGGAUAGCACAGUAAAAGCAUACUGCCAGCCGCUGCAGAAUUCCACAUGUAACGUAACAUUCCUCUCUGUGAGCCGUAAAACCAUGAAGGUACAAGUACAGUCAGGUAAAAAAAUCAAGUCCACUACCAAGAAAUGGUGUUAUUUCUUCAGUUAUCAAACACUACCACAGUGACCAGAACUGACUUCAAGAAUAUCAGGUGUUAUUUGUUAAGAGCUGACAAAACUUAACCUGAGGAAAUGUUUGAUAACGCUUGAGGAAAUAAAAAAUCAUGGUCAGAUUUUUCUACUCGACUGUACUUUAUGUGAUUAUGGAUUAAAUGUGUCUCAUAUUUGUGCAAUA